GGGUUUGGUUUGAGCCUUUCAGGCGUCGAUUUGUUCAGAGCAAUAAUAUGACAAACACUGAAUUGGGCUUAGUCUCCAUCAUGAGCUUACCAAUUGGUCUAAACUCCCAAUAGCCCAGGCAGCUCUUUCUCAUAGGAUUUUCACUCUUAUCUGAUCCAGUAGCAUUAUAGUCCAGUUCAACAUUCCCUCACUGGUUGAUCCUUCGAUAGUUCCAUUUUACCGGUUGGGUAAAUUAGAUUUUUUCUACGAAAGGACACCCUUUUCCCACGUUGAGAGGUAAAGAAGAAUUCAAGCUAACCCAGAAGAGUACAAUAGCGAUGCUUGUUGCUUCCAAAGGGGGCAGAACAGUUUAAGACCAUCUUGGCCAUGGAAGUUUUACAAAGAAACUUCAGGUUAGUUCACUAAUCACUACUCUACCGCAGACAAUGAUAUCUGGAUUCUUCUGCUUCAAAACUUUCUUCGAAUCCGAGUGAUAAUCUCUCUUUUUCUUAUAUUCUUCCACGAAUGUUCUGCUUUCGGAUUCCCUCAUAUAUUCUCGCCAAGUGAAGCCGAAUGAUUGGAUCCUCAAAGCUUUGUGUUUAUGCCUCUCUCUUUUUUUUGGGUUAUCUUUCUUUCACAGAAUCUUACCUGGGUAUUUUCUAAAUUGCUCAAAAAAUUCGUCUAGGGUUUGACUCUGCUCCUUGGUAUUUGUCUGCAAUCUCCAUUAGCCGUUGAUAGUUGAUACUUGAUUAUGACAGUUGAUGCUUUUGGAAAUUAAUAGUUUAUGUCCAGAGGUGUUCUUAACUCCUUUGCAUAGAUUCUUGUGACUUAUCAUAAUUAAUUAAUCCCUUUUGGGUGGGAACUUGGUAUUUGGGUCCUGCAGAAUAUCAUUUAUUAGAACUAGCGGAAGUGGAAAGCAUAUCAUUCCCAAAACUAGAAUUGGGUCUUUCAGAUGUUAUCUUUCUGCUGUUGUUUGAAUCCAGUUAGUUCUUCCCAAAGAAAGAUAACAUGGAUGAGGAUAGGGAAGUGGAGCUUUCAGAUACUAAUGGUAUUUUACAAAAUCGCUGCUCAUCUGGUGAUUUUCUGAAUUCAGUAUCUGUAGAUUCUCUCCUUGAUGACUUCUUAAGGAACACCAGAACAUGCACACACACUCACACUUGCAACCCACCUGGUCCGGACGCUGCACAUACACAUACAUGCUACCACACACACACCCAAGUUUUAACAUCUGAAGAAGACGAUCAAUCAAAGAAUGAAGAGAAACCCAGUUCAAAACAGAAAAGACCAUUGGGAAAUAGGGAAGCAGUUCGAAAGUACAGGGAGAAAAAGAAGGCACAUACAGCUUACUUGGAAGAGGAAGUCAAGCAGUUGCACCUGGUAAAUCAACAGCUAGUUAAGAAACUGCAGGGGCAGGCAAUUCUUGAAGCUGAGGUUUUGAGAUUGAGAAGUCUCUUGGCAGACCUUAGGGGAAAAAUCGAUAAUGAGUUGGGUAUUUCUGUUCCGCCGAAUACCAUUUUGAAUGAUGGUGAUUGUGCUGUACAGUCCACUGGUGAGGCAACUGGUCUCAGGUGCCAGACUGAUUUACCAUGCUUGCAUCCAUAUGCUGAGGGGUCAUCAUCACAGGCUAGUAUUGGCAUAAAUGGGACGGAGCUAGUAGCUCCAUGGGAGGGGAAUUGUCAGCCUCCAGUAGUAGAUUGUCAAGUUAACACGAUUGAUAUGUUAAGUGCUGAAGAACGAACCCUGGAGACGGUUGAAGCAUUGAUUUCAUCAUCAUCUCAGGCUGAAUGACUGCAGGAGGAAUCUCACCAGUAAGCUUCUCCAAUCACUCAAUCUUGCUAGAAUACAAGUGUAUGAAAGUUCAUAGUAGUUGUCUGGGUUGUAUAUCUAUAAUCUAUACAGUCAAUACCAGUGUCUAGAUAUAACAUGCUUACAAAUUCGUAUUUUCACUGUAUAAUGCAAAUAGUCGCAGUAUAAGUUUGGCCAAUGUAAAUAUAACACUCCUCUCUUCUUGAUAAAGGUGUGUAUCUUGGAAAACAUUCGAUUUGGGUCUAAUUUAGAAUCUAGUACUGAGACUAUUUAGUUCA